UCUGCCUGAUACUACAGCACAAACCUGCAGGCUCCUGCUCACCCGCCAUACAGCGCACAUCUACACCGUUUGCCCGGACCGUUACCGUUAACAUGGUGUAAUAAUAAACUUGCAUGUGGCACAAUUAUGAUGCGCUUUUUAAAUCUAAAGCAUUAGGUUCACGACACCUAGAAGCAGAGAGAGAGAGAGAGAGAGAGACACCUGUCCGGGAAUGUAGCGGAGACCGUCCGCUCCUGGGCUCGCGAGAACUUCCACUUCCUUGUUGACUGCAUGCUGCUUUGGCAACAAGAUCCCAUUAUGCUGUGGGUCAGUCAUCAUGGUCCUGCCUAAGGGGCAACAUGACUUGUCAAAGUACAUGAGGUCUGCACCCAGACAAAAUGGGGACAGAGAGUUACACUCAGCAGCUCCAGCUGGAGACCAGUGAUGGUGCUGGAACGCUGGCCAGCAUCACCAGUGUGGAGGGGCCAAUGGGAGAAAGUGUCGACACAGGAUGGUUCAUGCCUUAUCCAAUUGGUUUCCAGGUGUCACUUACCUGCUUUCUCUUACUGGAACUGGUACUAGGCUUUAGCAGUAACUUGACAGUACUAGUGCUUUACUGCUCCCAGUCCAACUUGGUUGAUUCUGUGAGUAACAUGGUAACGGUCAACUUACAUGUUCUUGACAUUGUUGUGUGUGUGCUAUGUCUGCCGUUAACAAUUGUUGUGGUGCUGCUGCCAACGGGUCGCAACCUGGAACUUGUCUGCUGCUUUCAUGAAGCUUGUGUCACAUUUGCAAGCAUCUCCACAGCCAUCAAUGUGCUAGUCAUCAGUUUGGAUCGCUAUGACAUCUCUGUGCGACCUGCUAACCGGUUCCUCACUCCUCGAUGGGCAGCACUUCUGUUGGCUGCUGUGUGGGCUGUGUCUCUUGCAGUUUUCUUCAUCCCCUUUAUAGAGGUGGAUUUUUUUUCAUCAGAGCCAGAGAAUGGGUUGGCCAGCAGCUCAGUGGCACCGGCUUGGCGUAACAGGACACUACUCUGUGUGGGAGGACAAGGUUAUUACACAGCCCUCGGAAUGUACUACCACAUCCUAUUACAGGUGCCCAUUUUCUUUGUCACAAUCAUAGUCAUGCUUUUCACCUACUCAAGAAUACUUCGAGCACUGAACAUCCGUAUCGGGUCGCAUAUGAGAAGAAGUCAGCGUCGUAGUGGAGCAACCUGUAAAGGGCGCCAGAAGAGACGGAAAAAAAAGCGAGGCUCAGCGGAUAUUGAAGGAGGAGUACAAACAACAAACCAGACCAAGCAAUUAACACAUCCUCCACUCAUCUCCUCUUCAGCUCCAACCCCUACAGCCACCUCACCUCCGCCUCUGUCCUCCACCCCACUAGUUAGUGCCAGCACUGCGACGCCGCCCGUUCCAGCAGUAGGUGUUCAGGCUUCAGUUUCAGCCAUCAUCGCUCUCCGCAGAGCUGUAAGGCGGCACAGAGAUCGGCGAGAGCGUCAGAGACGGGUUUUCAGGAUGUCCCUCAUUAUUAUCUGCAGCUUCUUAGGCUGCUGGGCACCGAUAUCUGUGGCAAACAUUCUAAUUCUGACUCUGGGUCCCAGCGACACUCUUGUUCGAGUACGGCUUUGGUUCUUGGCCAUGGCCUAUGGCACCACUAUAUCCCAUCCAAUGCUGUAUGCCUUCACAAGGCAGAAGCUUCGUCGGGCUCUCAGGGCCAAAGUAAAGAAGCGGGUGGUGUCUUUGCUGCAAGUGGAUCCUUCCCCAGGUGGAACAGUCAUCCAUAAUUCCUGGGUCGAGCCACGACAAGGACGUAAGAUUCGUUUAGAAGGCAGCGAUGCUACAGACCGGUGUCUAACAGAACCACUAUGAAUUAAAGCAACAAGACCUUCUGUUUGCAUAUUCGUCCAAUAUGACAGCACAUCGAGAGAAGAAAUUGUGUUUGAAGUGUGAUGUUCAAAUGAAUAAAGAGGACACAAUGAACACAAUAAAUAGACUCAUAAUAAUCAGUGGGUUAAAAUGUUUUAAGAUGUAUUCUUUGCAAGUUGUGUAUUGACUUACAAGGUUAAUAUUUUACUCAUAUCGAAAGCAUUAUUUUUAAAGUGGAAGUGAUAAUAACCUGGAGUAUUACUAAAAGAUCUAUUUUAAACUUGCUUUAAUUUGUAGUAUACAUUUUGUGUGCAAAACACCAGGACCUACCUAUCUAUCUAUCUAUCUAUCUAUCUAUCUAUCUAUCUAUCUAUCUAUCUAUGUAAUAUAAUGUAAAAUACAAAAUGUAAUUGUGCAAUAUAAAUUUUAUUUACUUAGGCAUAACUGUGCAUAUCAAGGUAUUUUACAAAAUUGUAUAAUAGUCAGUAAUAAGUUAAUCUGCAAUAUUUGCAACUUGAGGUUGAAUGGAGAAUGGCACAGGUGUGCCAAUUAAGCAGCUCAUUUGUUUGUUAACUAGCGUUCUUGUUAGAGAUAAGACAAAGAAGCCACCUCUGGGGCUCUUUAGCAACUGUUGUUUAGGACAUUUUACUAUCACCAGCGAAUCAUGAGGAGAGCAUGAGGAGAGGGCUGAUGCAAAAGCUUAAGCACUCAGUUAUCUAGACUCGACCCUGGCCUUCUCUAAUACACCUACACAUUUGUUCACACCGGGUUAGAUAUGGACUUUAAAUGCUCGAGUCUAGCAGCACAAUGUGGACUUAAGUCCAUGUUUACAUAAUGGUAAACUUGCUCUUUGAGAGUAUUCACCAAGGCACUAAUCUUCAGUAGCAGCUUACAAGUAAACAAAAUGUACAAUAGCUAUAAUUUGUUAUUUAGAUGCAUGUGAAAGCGUUCUCUGCUACAAGGGCAAAUACAUUCCUGACCAUGCCUUAUAUCGCCUAACAUCAGUACUGUGGUGUUGAAUGUGCUUUUUUUUUUUCCACAGAUAAUGAAAGUGUUCCUAAAUACUGCAUUAUUUAUCACUAAUUAAUUCUGCAAAGAAAAAUGACUGUUCUGCAAAGGAAAGUGUGACUCCUACUUCUACUUCUGCUCCUAGGAGAUUAUAAGUUCCUGUGCUGUAAACAAAAUACUUAAACCUCAAAAUGAACAUGUACACCCUGACUAAUGCUGGGUUCAUGUUAGUGUUAGUACACUUUUAGUCAGUGUGCACUGCUUAGGGUUGAUGUACUACAUGCCAGCAGGUAAACACAGGGGAGGUGCAUUUGCAUAUUUAUACAUUUAUUAUGAGUCUGUGAGUGUAUGGUAGAUGCUAAUGACUGUACAUAUAUACAUGUUUAUAGCCACAGUGUACUGUAGAAUGUGGUAGGUCUAUAAAGACAAUACCAUGUUUACAGAGUCAUUAUCAAAAAACACACAACUAGGUACUUCCGUAAGCAAGUUGAGUGUUAAAGUCUACAUGCAGGAUACCUCACAUGCCCUUUUAACGUAAACUGUGUAGAAAAUUGUGAUCUUUUCAGUGGGCUCAGUGAAUAUUAUUAAUGGAUAAAGGUCAGUGAGUCAAAACCUUGUAUAGUUAAUGUUUAUAAUCGUUAUACGUGGACAAUAUAAUAAUAAUUGCUGCAUAAGAAUAGAUUAGCAUUCCUUAGCUUUGACUCACAAUAUUUUAUGAAGAUAAACUAAAUGGGGGCCUCAUUUCUGUCUGAGCAGUAUAAUAAAAUGGAUGAGCGGCUCUGAUGCCAGAGGAAAAGAAAAUCCCAAGAGGCUGCUGCACACCUCCCCAGACUGAUCACACAUUAGCUGGUUUCUUUGGAGUCCAUAUGGAGAUAAGAAGAUCAGAGGGAGGUUUUAUUUUCCAUUAUUACGUGUCAGUGGCAUAAGCGCUACAAGAUCACAGCAGAAUCUUUUCAUGUAUUUGUGAAGGUUCUAUUUAAUGCAGACACUGUUUGUGUCGAGCUGGAUGCACAUCCUUUGACCAUGCACUGCAUGUUCUAUAAAGCUGUAAUUAUUGUAUAAUAAUGUUAUUGUGCUGUUUUAACAUAUGUUUAC